AUUUACGAGCGAGGAAAUAAAAGACAAAGUAGAAUCCUACAGAUCGAUGCUAAUGGGGAGUGAUGUCAAGCCAGUCACGCCGCAAGAUGAAUUUGGCCGUGUUAAGUAAGUAACAUUUCCCAUUUAAUAUUUUCUUGACUGAAUUUUUCUUCGAAUUCGGAGAUUCGCAUGAAACACUCUAAUAGAUUGAAUUAUGAAGUCCACGGAAUUAAUUGAAAUAUAAUAAUCGGACAACAAAAAUAAUUGACAUACAUAGUAUGAGUAAAUAAAAAAUAUAAUGUAUAUAAUUGACAUUGUAAAACGUAAAUCACGUUAUAUCAAAUUUAAUAAUAGAUGUAUUGAUCUGGUUUCAUUGGAAACGAUUAGCUUAUAAAAUAUCAGUGUGUUCUCUUGAAGAGAAUUCGUAAAAUACUGGGAGAAUGAUUCUCUCAUCUGAGAGGAAAGCUUCUCUCUUCCUAUUGGCUUCCUUCGGCCAUCAAAUCUGGGAUUAUCCUGGAUGGCGUGGGUGCCAUAUGACACAUAUAAUAUUAAGAGUGUCUGAGCUUUCCGGGAUCAUUUCGUCGCAGUUUUAUUCGAUCCGACGUUAAAGAAAACGUGUAUCCUAACAAAAAAUUCUUAGCAUUCAGAAGAAAAAUAUAGAUAUUAAACUUUUCACAAACAGAAAAGAAAAUAUCCUUAAGAAAAUAUAAUCGCAUGAAAAUGUGAUUUUAUAUACAUCAUACCUACCGAAAUAUAUUGUUUCCUAAAUAUCGGAAAUAUCAAUCAGAAAAUAUAAAAAAAGAGAGAAAAUGAAUUUUAUUACAAAAUUUAUAUAUAAUAAUAAUACUAAUAUAUAAUAAAAUAACCGAACAGAAAAUAUUUUAUGAAAAGGUGAGAUCAAUUAUUUUCGAAAUUACUUUGUUUCGAAUAAAGUUACGAAUAACUUUUGAUACACUUGUGGUACAAGACGCCAUAAGACGCUAAUUUCCAUUCAUCAGUAAUUAAUCGUAUGUUUCUUUGCAAAUGAAGCAAUCAAUGGGUUUGAGAAAUAUUUUAGCUUAGAUACGUGAUAUAUAUCGCAAGAGGGCGGGGACGCGUUGCAUUCUAUGCCAAUCCCAGUGAAAACGCGGAGAGAGGUCAGGGGUCGAGGGGUGUUGUAGUUGCGCUAUCGACGUAUCCCAUAGCGCCGGCGCUAAAGGGGAGAGAAGCGCCCUGAGGAUGCGUUCGGGGCGGAAAAGGAUGAAAAGGUGGUGGAAGGGAACGCAGCAUCUCGCUCGGCUCUCUUUUCCGACGGCCUCAGUAUGAGGAUGGACCGGCGUCAUGACGCAGCCAGCGGAUGCGUCGUCGUGUGUCGUCGGGUGGUGCACCGAGACUCUGAUUAAUCUGGGGUGACCGGAUGACUUCGCCGGAGAGGAACAUGUGACGCGGCGCGACGCACAAUCCGCGAACAAAUCACAAAAGUCUUCCAUAACGUUUAAUCCGCGAUACCGCGAUUUUACUCCGCUAAGUUGUCCCUAAGUGCUAAGUUAGGGUAUAUCGCGGGAUAGAAUUUAAGUCUAGAAUUAACGUCUCACGGAAGCAAGCAGUGCUUGAUUGCAUACCGUUUGAGCGCACGAAAGAUAUCGAGUAAUUAAAGUGAUAUCAAGCGAAGAAAUUUGCGAAGAAGAUCGAGCAAGCCACAAUAUAGAUAUGUAUGGAAAAUAUCGGGUAUUAAUAAAUAUCGAUUGAGUGAUUCUGAGUGAGAAGAAAUCUAUCAGAAGAUAUUAAUUAUGUACAUUUUACUAGACUAAAUCAUAAUACAAAUAAGUGGAAAAUAUUAACUAUAGUAUCAUAUAUCAAGUAUUAAGUGUUGAACAUUACUCCAGAAGAUCUCAGAGAAAACUACGCGAAGAAGUUUAGACGAAGAAGAUUAAACGAGCUGUAUCUAUAAAGAGGAUUAAUGUGCACGAAGGCAAUUUUUUAAAUUUAAAGUUUUACAACGUACAACGAGAUAUACGUGAAAUAGGAAUAACUUGACCACCUUAAUUAACAAAAGAAAAAAUCAUGAAAGAUAGAAGAAGGCAAUAAAAAUUUAUGAAGAAAUAGAAAGUGAAAGUUUAAUGCUGCAAAAGCUUCAAAAAUUGUAAUUUAUACAAAAAGGUGUUUUUAAUUAAAGGACUAAAUUUGCGCAAAAAAAAACGUUUAAAUUAAACAAGCAUUUUUAUUUUUAAUGCAGUCUUGUGAAGAAUCUACAUUGCGUCUUCCUCUCUCAAUUUUUACGGGAUCAAAGAAAGAGAGAGAUACGAAUAGAGAAUUUUGAAUCGUACUGAUUCACGUGUCUCCACUUUAGAAGAAAUUCGAAAAGCUUUUUCUACGAAAUCCAUGUGUCUCCAAGUCGUCAACUACGAGUUGACGGUACGUUGUUAAGGAAAGUGUCCUGCUUCGUCCUGAGAAGUAUGACCUUAAUAGUGUGCCUGAUCUAAAGUCUUCCUGAACUCGAAUUAAAGUACAUACAAGUUCGCCAAUAUAUAUAUUGCUAUAUAUUCGCCAAUAUACAUAUUGUUAUAUAUUCUUCCACGGUACAGAAUAAGGAAAGGAUCUUAAUGAUCUGAGUGACACGAAUAAUAAUAAUAAAUAAUACAACAUAGGAUAAUACAAUUAUAAUAUACAAACAAAAUAUAAUAAUUAUUAUAAAAAUCAGAAGCAUAAUAAGAAUAACGAAAUAAAAAAGAGAGAGAGAGAGAAAGGAUUAAGAUACGUUGACAACACAUUAUGGAACGCUUGGGAACACUACGAUAUCAAAUAAUAAAAGUCGCUCAACGAAUAUCGAAUGUAAUAACGCAUAAAGAAAGCGAGAGACAGAACCUGCCAUUGUCACCGUCGUCGGAUGAUUGUUUUACCUAGGAAAGCCGGAAUACUGAGUACAAAAGGCGCGGUAACGGAAAGGGAGAGAACUAUUAUCAUCGCCUGCAAUCUUACCCCCGUUGUUCCGCCCCUUCUGUUUUCCUCGUGAAAGGAUUAAGUGUCGGAGAGCUACUUGCGCAACGUGAGCCAACCAUUCAAUUAGCGGCCUAAUUACCUGGCCAAGAUUAUGCGCCACCACAUCUCAUUUCACCUAAUACGAUCUAGAUUAAAAUCGUGAAGAACCAAAACACAGAAACCGAGCUCCAACUGGAAUAUCAUUUGGACUAUCGAUUAUUAGGGCAUACCUGGGAAUAUAAAGAGAAAUUAUGAUACGUAUUAUUUGUCAGGCUGGAUAAUUAAUCUUGAGCAAAGAUAGUCUUACACGAAACAGUUCUAAUUGUUCUACGUUGUUGAAGGACAUUGGACAACUAGCAUGAUACUGUCCAGUUUCUAAAAACUUGAAAUUCGAUCUAUCAUCAAGAUCCUGAGAACGAUCUCAAAGAGCUGAAACUCAGUGAUCCUUCAUCAGAGAUAGUAUUCAGUGAGGACUAGCGAUUCUGUGGCAUUCUACGGACUUCGCCGAGAGGGGAAAGGAGAAGUUUGAGGAAUGACGAUGUCGGCGGUAUCACCGGCGAAACCUGCACGCGGGCGGGGUCCGGCCGAUGGCCGGGCCUUCUUCGAGACUUUGUGGCGCGGCGGCAACUUUCUGCUGGACCGACAGAAGGUGCUAAAGCGUUCGCGCAAACGCAAGUUACAUCACACGGCAGCUAAUAACGGCGGCAAGAGGAAGCAGCAACAGCAGCAAUUCCUGCAGAUGCAGCGUCAGCACUGCUGCUGCUGCCAGCGUAUUCAGCUGCACCUGCUCGCCGGACGGCGAAGCAACAUGCGCUCUGUCGUCAGCGUGCGGGAGACACAUCAGAUCGCCGAGGCGCAGCAGGAGAAGAACGCGAAGCUACGCGAGGCGUUCGGCAUCUCCGAGUUCUUCGUGGAGGGUAGUAGUCUAGACCCGGAGCGGCACGCGCGCGAGGCGGAAGCGCGAGCCGCCGCCGCCGCUGCCGCGAGCAAAGUCUACGAGCUAGUACGUACGCCGAGCCCGGCGUCCCCGCCGCUACCUGCGCCGGACGCGGCUUCCACCACCGCCGUCGAGAAGAAGAAGCGAAAGCGUUCCGGCAGCGCGAGCGCCAGCAAGAAGAAGAAGGCCAAGAAGCACAAACGGGAAAGGUCGGAAUCUCCCAAGUCUAGUAAGAAAAAAGAAAAAUCGAAGAAGAAGAAGAAGGAGAGGAAGCAUAAGAAGGCCGAGGCCACGUCGUCUGACAGUGAUUCCAGCGAGGAUUCCGGUGACAGCAACUCAUCCGAGACCGAAUCGAAGAAGAAGAAGAAAAAGAGAAAGAAAAAGCUCAAAGCUCUCGAGGGGAAGGACAAACAUGAGGUACGCACGAUGCUUCGAAGAAAACCAAAUAAGAAGAAGACCUCGACUAAACGGAAACGUCAGUCAUCCGAAAGCUCCACGGAUAGUUCUGUGGAAAGACCGAAAAAGUCGGUGAAAAAUGCUGUGCCCGACAAAGUAUCGAGAAAUGAGAUUUCCGAGAGUGCCGCGAGUGCCUCGCGGGAGCCUCCUCCUCGUUCGAACCGAUCACCAAAGCGAGCGGAGCGAACAGCGUCUCGGAACGAGACCCCACCGCCAUCGUCGACCACUCUUAAGACAAAGAAAGACUCGCCCACGAAAAAGAGCACGACGGACAGGCGGGACAAGUCGCCGAUGAGUCACAACAGGAGUCCCGCUCCGCCGUCACGGCGACAUAGGUCGUCCUCCAGAAAUCGGGGCGACAGAGGAGACAGGGGUGGUGGAGGAGGAAGAUCCCUUAGGAAAUAUUCGAGGUCACGUCGCGUGAGUCCGUCUCCCAAACGGAGGCGCUACUCCAGGUCGCCCAGAAGACACGGCCGGCAUUCUGUGUCCAGGAGCAGGAGUCGCUCCAGGUACGAUCGUUACGGAUCUUCCCGCAGAAGGCCUGCGUCACCCUCGAGACGCCGGGAUGUCACUGAUUCUCGUCGAAGAUCGCGCUCGCCGAGACGACAGCAGCAACGCCGGCGAUCCGAUUCCCGUCGACGAUCACGAUCUACCUUGAGUUACUCACCUGUGAGGAAGAAUCCGGAGCGCUACAGGGACAUCUUGGAGGACCGAAAGCAAUCAAGGCGGGAUCAGAAGAAGAAGACAAGGGGAGACAAGGGGAAAUCGCGCUCAACAUCGAGGAAUAGGAGGACACAGCAGGUCGCGGUUGCGCCCAGGGUGAGUUUGAGAUCGUCGAGCGAGGACGAGGCCGAUCUGGCUGACGACGAGCCCGAUAAACAACAGCAACAACAGCAGGAGGACGAGGAGAGGAGGAUCAUCGAGCUGAAUACGUUGAAGCGCUUGCAGAGCGGUCUCGCGGCAAAGGCGCGCGAGGCGCUGGAGAAGAAGACGAUCAGUCCGACGAAGAUAAAGAUCGAGAGAAGAGAGGAGAGUAGCGUGUUAGACAUUGCUUUGCCGAGCGAGCCGCCGAAGAAUGCCGCGCAAAACGCGGCCGUGCUCUCUCGGGACAGAUCGAAAUCUAGGGAACCGAUCGUGGUGCAGGCCUUGCCGGCCGUUCAGUCGCCGGUAUCCAGCAGAUCACCAUCACCGGCUCUUCCUCUCACUCGAGAGGAGGCGACAAUCAAAAUUAGGUCACCGAGUGAAUCGCCGCCACCGCCGUCGAUACCUCAAUCUUUCGACAAGGUCGAUUCCGCAUCGCCUAGCAUGAAAAGCAAGGCAAAUCGUCGAUCGUCGCGGUCACCGAGUACUACCGGCACCAAGAAAGACUCGCCACCGAUUGCUUGCUUGAGAAAAGAUGUUACCAAAGGCGAGUCGUCUUCUCACUCUCCCACGGCAGCAGCGACGACGUCGAAAGAGGACAACGCGAUGAUGAAACUGCGCUCGCCGAGCGAAUCGCCGCCGCCGUUGCCGAACGUUUCACUAGUCAGGUCGGAUCGGCGCUCGAAGUCACCGAAAAGGAGCAAACUGUACUCCAGAUCGGCGUCAAGAUCUUGCACGAGGUCGCCGUCCGUCGCAGGCAAAGCGAGGUCUUCCAGAUCACCAUCGAGAGACAAGAAGUCGCCGAUGUCGCCCGAUGGGCAGCGAUCAGCCUCCAGGUCGGCUUCUCGCGCGAAGAAGUCGUCGCUUAAGGCGAAAGCCGCGAAGCAGCACCAACGCUCGUCCCGAUCGAGAUCUUCCUCGGCGGAGUCGAAGCGCACUAGUGUAUCGAGGUCGUCCUCGAGGUGCAAGAAAUCCGCCUCACGGUCCAGAAGCAGGAACCGUUCGACGUCGAAGAGAAGAUCGCGCAGUCGCUCCUCCGUAUCGCUGAAGAAGUCCAGGAGUAGAUCAGUGUCGAAGAAGAGGUCGCGCAGCCGCUCGGUGUCGAAGAAAUCCAAGAGUCGGUCGCGGUCAGCGUCCAGAGCAUCAAGAGACAAGGAUAAACGCAGUCACACGAGAAGCAGCUCGCGUUCCUCCGCUAGUUCGAGGCAUAGUCGAGGCAGGAGCUUCUCAAGUUCGUCUAGAUCCUCGAGCAGUGUUUCCAGUAGAUCCUCCCGCUCCAGCUCCAGCAGCUCCGCCUCUAGCAGAUCACGUUCGCCGUCUAUACCGCGACGUCACGGCUCACCCAGCUUCCUCGACAGACGUCGUAUUACAAGUGCGAGGAAACGUCCAAUUCCGUAUCACCGACCUACUCCGACGCCACCUUCGUCGCCGAGUAGCUCUGAGAGUAGCAGGCACAGCAAUUGGUCCAGUCCGAGUCAUCGGUCCAGUUGUUCCGCAAGCCGUAGUCCGUCUUACACGCGUUGAGGGACGUGUGUAAGUUCCCGGUGGGAAUCGACGUUCCUUCUUCGUACAUUAGACUCGGAGCGGCAUACUUUGAUCCCUUGACGACCUGACGGGACUUUCCGAACCCGCUAAUAUAUUCAAAAUAUUAAUUUAAAUGUUUACGUGUAUAGACAGGGUGAUUCAGGACCUCUGCAACAAACUCUGAGGAAUAGAUCUCGCAGAGAGCACCAUUUUCCACCUGUGUAUAUAUAUUAAACAGGUAUUAUUCUGGAAUUGUAAAUAUCAAUAUCAUGAAUGAGCAUUCAGGUCACAAAGAAUUGAAAAAUAUUCAAUAGAUUAAAUAUUUGUGUUUUUGAAAAGACAGUAUGUCUCGAAGAGUGGGCACGAAGCUUUGUCUUUUGUAAAACUCGGAAUUAAGUUUUAUUAAAAAAAUUUUAAGUUACUGAUAAGUUUUGAGAUCAAUACGAAAAGUAUCAUUUUCUUGAUUGAAAAAUUUUAGACUUGCGGAGAUAUAAAUAGACAACGGAAUUUUAUUCAAAAUCACUAUAGAAUCUUAAUUCAGAUUUAAUAGCAUUUUACUGAAUAAUAAAUUUGAAUUAUUGUUUCAAUUAUUUAGAUUGAUUUUUAUUAUCCUUGCUGAGAAAAUAUUCACAGCGAAUUGCACAAGUUACAACACUGCGUGGACACUUUCAGCCCAUUCUGAGACAUUCUGAACAUAAAUCAUUUACGAUAUCAAUUAACUCAAAGAAAAGUCUAAAAAGCCUAAAAGACUUAUUUGAAAGAUUGUGAAACGUAUACAAUUGUCGAUUGUUUAUCAGAUAUUACAUAAACGAUAUCUGUUUUAACUUUAUUUAAUUAAGUAGAUAUGCCACUCCGAGCCUAAUGCAUAAGCAAAUUUCGAAACUAUGUAGAAAGUUUCUACUAGAAACUAUGUAUUUUUUUUUUUCAGUAAUACAAUACGAUAUCGAUUAAUCGAUAUUACAUUUACAAAGAAAAUUACAGUAUCCUUGGUCGUAUCUGUAAUAUCUGUAUCUGUAAUAUCCAGUCUAACAGGUUUUUAAUCUGGAAAGAAGAUAUUACUCCGACCAAUAUUUAUUUCGGAAUUUAAAUGUGCAAUUUUACAAUUAUCGUCGAUAUUAAAAACUUAUCACGAAAAAGAUUAAGUAUCAAUGUAGAUUUUGACGCGUUGUAUUCUCUUUUCCUAUUUCUUUCGAAUAGACUCCUAUAAAAAUGCAGUAACUUUUCUAUAACUUUCUAGAAGAGAUUCUUAUCUGAUUUAAAAUGUCGACUUAACAAGAUAGAUGGAUAUUUUAAUGAUAGAAGUGAGAACUCUUCUCUCGUACACUCGCGUAUUCUCUCUUUCUCUCUCUUUAUGAAAGAAAGGUUUCGUAACCUUCGAUGCUUCGUGAGCGUAAAAUUUUAUUCCGAAUUAUCAUUAAAGCGCUUCUAAAUUUCUAGUCGUAUAAUUCUCUAACGCUCUUGUGUGGAUGUAAACAAUAACUUACAACGAUUUUGAGCAUCCUUCGUUCGUUGUCUUCAUUGUCAUAAUAUUCUGCUGUAACUACCAUUUAGAUUGAAUUUAUGUAUAAUCCUUUAGUGCAAUGUUAUUAAGUCAUUUUUGUACAUAUUUAUUCUCUCAGAGUACUCUGUACUUUUCUGAAACAAUUCAAAUCUUUUAACUCUUUGCGUGAUGUCUGGAGACUAUCAAAUUCUGUUGUUUAUACAUAUUGUACAUAUUAUUUUAUUUAUUAUACAUCUUUUUCUUUUUAUUCUAUCUUUUGAUAAUUUUAUUCUAAGUUACAAGGAAGGUGCUCUCUGUGCGAGCGAUUCCAUGAAUUAUUAACAAAUAAAUUUUUGCGAAUUUGAUAGUCUCUUUAAAAUAAUAACGCAGAACGCACGCAAAGCAAAUUGAGAUCUAAUUUUUAGUAUAUUUAUUUCUCUAUUUGUAAAAAUAUUUAUUUAUUGAUUUCUUUAUUUUAUAAAGCAAUCUUAGGUUUUAUAACUACGAAUAUUAUACAUUACCGCAUUAUAAUAUUGCGAGUUUUACACGCAAUAUUUGCAAUUUGAAUGAAUACUCUAGUCACAGAAAGAUGAUUUCUCAGACCCAUAAACUUGGGUCGGGUAGCGCAGCGUACCAAAAAGACAUGAUUAGAAUAUUAAUCUCGAUGAUUACGCGAAGUUAAGUCUCGAAGAUAUAUAUAUACAUAGAGUUAAAGACCGUACUUGAAAGUCUACAUCGUUUACGAUUAGAUAAAGAAACUAUGUAGCACUAGUUCUCAUAUUUAUAACGACUGAUUCUAUUUUAAUGAAAAGAUUCUCUGAUAAAAUAUUGUGACUGCUCGAUCAGCGCUGUUGAGUUCAUAUGAAACUCAUCUAAAUCGGAUAUUUUACAGUCUGCGGGACAAUGAUUGUAAUCGCUUCCUUAUUAAUUUCCAAACACACGUACACGUACAGUGAAAGCCGUAUUAUGGGAUUUAAGAAUUCAGGAACGUCUUUCGCAUUGUACCCUGCGACCGUUUUAGCAACUCCGAAAAGAUCAGUUCCAUACUAUUUGUGAACAUAAAAAAAAACACAAUGUGUAAGGUAAUUACUUGUCCGAAUUAGUUUUAAAGCAAAACUCCAAUUUGUUCAUGAGCGCAUCAUCUUGUUGAGAAGAAUCCAUCAUGGCUUUUUAAAGCUGAUAUCUGUAUCUGCUUAUGAUUUACAAUAUGGAAUGUUACUGUCUCGUUAAAGUGAAAGAAACUCGAAUAUUAUAUCUGUAAUAUACUCUGUAUUGUUGUUGUGUGAUUAAAUCGAAAAUCUUAAACAUA